UAACUUUAGAUGGCAGAAUACCUGGACAACACCGGAGUCAAUGGACUCGCUAAUAUUGGCAACACUUGCUACAUGAACUGCAUUCUUCAAUGCCUUGCUCACUGCCGAGGACUGAGGGACUUGUUUCUUCUGGGGCAGUUUAAACAACAAAUCAAUAGAUUGAAUCCCAUUGGAACUGGCGGAAAAACUGCAGAGGUUUACCACACUCUCCUGCAAGACAUGUGGUCUUCCAGAAGAGGGACUACUAAUCCCCAGCAGCUCAAGUCUAUUCUUGCCAACAAGUCUGAUUUGUAUUCGGGGUUCCAGCAGCAAGAUGCCCAGGAGUUUUUAUCUAUUUUGCUCGACACACUACAUGAAGAUCUGAACCAAGGUGAUAUCAAAAAAACUUUUAUCAUGCCUGAUGGUGAUGGAAAAUGUGAUGAAGAUGUUGCCAAGGAAUCCUGGGCUUUUCAUAAGCAGCGAAAUGAGUCUUUCUUUGUUGAAAACUUUAUGGGUCAAUAUAAAUCCAAGGUCUCGUGUUUGGAGUGUGGCAAAGUGUCGAUAACAUUUGAUCCCUACAUGUACCUCUCACUACCAAUUGCUAAAGAUAAAUCUCCAGUUGAAUAUUAUUUUCUUUCUCAAGCCUCUCCUGCAGUGGCUAGAUGCAAGGUCUAUGCUCAUCUCCCCGUUGGUGCUAAUAUUUUAUUGAAAAAAAUAUCUGAGGAUAUUAAAGUGGAUUGUGACAAGCUUACCCUUUUCACUGUGUCCAAAAGCACCAUCGUUGGUGUUUUUUCUGCAACCGAUAUAGUGAGCAAUGAAAAUCUAAAUCAAGGUCAGUUGAUAGUCAGAGAAAACAAAAACUCUGCUGAGAACUCCAUUCUGAUUAAAGUUGUCAGUGCUGUUUCUGAACCGUUUGUGCAGAAAUCAUGUGCCUGUUGCGGAACAACUGGAGACUUGAAGAGGUGCCUUCGGUGCAGGAAAGUGAGCUAUUGUAAUCAGGAAUGCCAGAAAAAGCAUUACAAAAACCACAAGUCUGACUGCAAAGCUCUUCUUCAAACUGUCGGAAUUCCUCAAGUACUCUACAUAAAGCAAAAAGAUUUAAAGCUUGACAAGCUGCAGAGUUUUCUAUCAUCUGCGAACAUUCAUUUGAACUUUGUUCAAGCUAAAAAGGUCAAACCACGCUGUGAGCUAAGAUUGGGAAAUAAUACAGGGGCGAAUUAUGAUAGUACAGCAUUGACUUCAAACACUAAACCCUCUGAAUUAGCCAAUGCUAUCAAGCAGGAAUUAACCUUUGUUUUAGUAUACGACAACUCCUCAAAGAAUCUUCUUGGUCAGCAAGAUUUCGAUAUCUUUGACCACGACAGUUUUCGUUUUCACCAGCCUAAAAGCUCUCUCGGAGAUUGUUUUGAAGCUUUCACACAAGAAGAAUGUCUCCCCGAUUCCGAACUAUGGAAAUGUCCUCGUUGCAAUAAAUUGCAGAGGGCGACCAAACAAAUAUCCCUUUACAGUUGUCCUAACUACUUGACCGUCCAUUUGAAACGCUUCCAAGCAAAAAAUAUCAUAGUAUUUGAUAAGAUUGAUAAACUAAUCUCAUUCCCUGCCAACAACCUUGACCUCCUAGAAUACUCAGUCAGAAGAAGCAAUGUCCCUCAAGGGUAUUACGUUUACGAUUUGUACGGAGUGGCGAACCACUACGGGAGUCUGUACAGAGGUCACUACACUGCCUACGCUAGGCUGUCAGGUGCUAACAGCACAUGGAGGGAGUUUGACGACCGCUCUGUGACUGAUGUUAAUGAGAACUCUGUGCAGUCUUCAGCUGCAUACGUUCUGUUCUACAAGAGACGACGUUUCACUGAGUCGAUAUCAAGAGGCAUUCUCUCAAGUGAUGAGGAUGAAGAAGAGUUUUUUGAUGCGUGCACUGGAGAUGGUCGCAAGGAAACCUCUGACCAUUCUGAUGACAACAGCUGUUACUUUGAAGCGAAGGUACCUGAGAGGGAAGAAAUUCCUGGGUUUGCUAACGAUAUUAAUAUUUCAACUCCUACCUCCAAUAAAACGACGAGCCACGACUCCUCGGAGAACAUGGAACUAGAUGAGGUAGAUAGCCAGAAAACCGCUGAAGGGAGCAGCUCAUCUGAUGUGUCAUGUGACUACGUGAAAGUUGGUAGCAGUGAUCUUCCUGACAGCAAGCUGACAGAAGACGAUUGCAGUGACCGUAUAAGUCCCAUUGAAGACGAGGAAAUUCUCAACCCUGUAUCCUUGGACACAAUCCAGAUUCACUUUGAGGAUGAGCUUGACUAACUAAAUGAACUGUUUUCGCUUGAUCCCCGAUCCAGUAGAACUUUUCGGAUUGAACUUUUCUAAUCUCUUUGGAUUACAUAUUAUAUAAUAUAUCACUUGAGACUUGUUUGCGAAAGCAAUCGGUUUACCAGACUUAAACUGGCUGUUUUUUCACAGUACUAUUUGUCUUAACUCAUGAUAAAGAGUGUAUAAUAGCCAAAAAAAUGAAGCUCUGUGAACGAAAUUGUGAAACUUAAAUUAAGUCUGAAUCACAAAUAUUAUGUUAUAUCGAGGGAUUGAUACCUUUCUAGAAAACUUCGUUGCUCCAUAGUAGUGAUGCUCUGGAGCAUACCUUUUAGAAUAAAGGGUUACAUUUUAUCAGGUGAAGUUCUUAUUACUUGCAUUUCUUAUUACACAGUAAACCCUGAUUUACCUCCCCCGUUUCUUCUCCCCAAACUCGACUCCGAGGUGAAUCAGGAUUUUACUGUAUCCUGUAAUAGUGUAAACUCUUAUUAGAGGGUUUUCAGUAGUAUUUGUGUGAUAUUUGUGUUAAAGUGGAGGAAGUGAAAUAGGAAAGCUCAAAAACAAAUCAGGUUGUUAUCAUCAAAACUAUGUGUUAAAACUCUAAGAAACUAUUUAACUAUUUAAGAGCUUUGUCUUCGGUUGUUUAAAAUUCUUGUCUUAAGAUUGUAUCUUUAGUUUUCAAUAUAUUUGUAUAACGUUGGAUAUAUGAUAUAUAUUUGAUUUUACUAACUUACCGAGUUUCAUUGUUAUCUACAAUUAACCAUCUAUUAAAAGUUU